ACAGAGCGACUAAUGGAGCAGCGGCGGGGAGCAGCAGUCUUCUCCCGAGCUCCUCUUCCAUGGCUUAAACCAGCACGUUUCUCUAGGACUGUCACAUGCGGAUUAUGCAGAGAUGAAGCGGGUGCGGACGGAGCAGAUCCAGUAUGCGGUGAGCCAGUACCUGAAGAGGAGGCAGUACAUAGACACAGAUGGGUCUCUGAAGGGGGCCAAACUCUCCCAGUCCGCUGAGGAGAUGGCAGCCAGUCUGACAGUUCAGACGGAGUCCAGCUGUGCGAAUGUGGUGUCUGCAGCCCCGUGUCACUCUGACCCGCAGCAGUACGAGACCCAGUUCUCCAGACUGCGCUCCUUCCUGCAGGAUGCUGAAGCACUGUUAGUGAAGGAGGUGAGCGGCGUCUUGUUUCCGCUCUUCCUCUACCUGCACCUGGACAUGGUGCGGUGUGGCCUGAAGGGGGCGGUAGACUCGUUUUACAGUCGCUUCCACUCGUUCUUCCAGCAGGACCCUGAGCAGAAAGCAAUCGUAGACCUGCUACGAGGAGCCGUCACGCCUCAGGUGGAGGUGACAGCAGCGCGCAGAACCGACUACCAGCUGUACGGCGCAGGGAUAGGAGCGGGAAACACAACCUCCACUUCCUCUUCCUCCGCUGCGGUGGAGGGGGCGGAGCGUGUGGAGGUCACGGCUGGGUUACCUCAGAACGAGGCGGCGCUGGAGGCGUUGCAGGACUGCAUAAAGCGCGUGCGGGAAGGUGCGCCUUCGCUCACCACCGUCUGCUUCUACGCCUUCCAGCACACGGAUCAGCUGCUGAACACGGCCGAGGUGUCUGCGGACAGCCGCUUGCUGGCAGCCGGCUUCGAUAACUCAGCCGUCAAGCUGUGGAGUCUGCGGGCCAGGAAGCUGAAGGCGGGGCCUCACUGGACCGACGUGUCUAAAAUAAGACUGGCCUGUGACGUGUUGGAGGAGGAGGCAGAUGACGAGGACGCCUCGGGCAGUGAGAUAAAGACCCUGCAUGCUCACAGCGGCCCCGUGUACCGCACGGCGUUCCUGACGGACGGCUCCGGCCUGCUGUCCUGUUCGGAGGACUCCACCGUGCGCCUCUGGGACCUGAGCAGCUUCACGAACACCGUCCUGUACCGCGGCCACGCCUACCCCGUCUGGGACGUGGACGUCAGUCCCUGCAGCCUCUACUUCUCCACGGCGUCCCACGACCGCACCGCGCGCCUCUGGAGCUUCGCGCGCACCUAUCCGCUUCGUCUGUACACCGGACACCUCUCCGACGUCGACUGCGUCAAAUUCCACCCCAACUCCAACUACGUGGCGACGGGCUCCACGGAUAAAACCGUGCGCCUGUGGAGCACGCAGCAGGGGGCGUCCGUGAGGCUGUUCACCGGGCACCGCGGGCCCGUGCUGUCGCUCGCCUUCUCGCCCAACGGCAAGUACCUGGCCUCGGCCGGAGAGGACCAGAGACUGAAGCUGUGGGAUCUGGCGUCCGGCAGCCUGUUCAAAGACCUGCGGGGUCACAGCGAUAGCAUCACCAGCCUCUCCUUCAGUCAGGACAGCAGUCUGGUGGCCUCCGCCUCCAUGGAUAACUCAGUGCGGGUGUGGGACAUACGCAGCGCCCACGGCAGCGCCCCCAGCGAUGGCUCCAGCAGCGAGCUGAUCGGACAGUACACAGGCAGCACUAGCAACAUCCUCAAUGUGCAGUUCAUGGCCUGCAACCUGCUGCUGGUGACAGGCACGGUGCUGGAGAAACAGGAACAGUGAGAGUGUGUGGGGGUCAGUCUCAACAAAACACACCCGGGUCAUAUUUCACCCCAAAAUCUGAUGAAAUUGUUAGGGUUAAUUCAGGAUAAUUGGCUCAUCCACCCCCCCUCUCAAUGGCAAAAUGCGUUCCAGUUUAUGUGAAUUCAUCCUAUAAGUAAAGUGAAGCCAUUUAGCACCGUUAUUUUUUGGCAUGGUGACAUUAUGACAAACUUGUACCUAAGAUCUUAUUAUUACUGUAAUGCAAUAAACCCCCAAAAAACAAUGAGAUACUACUUGAAUGUUAAGGUAUUCAUCAGGGUGGUAUUUGUUGUAUUGCCCUUAAUUUAUGUUGAUUCAACUAAAUAAUUUGGGACAUAAGUUUCACAGUUUCUUUUCUUUAAUAGACGUUUUGCAAUAAAAAUUAUUGGACUGUAAUGUCAGUGGUGUAAUACUGUGAAUAAAUUCUGCAUAAAUGAAAAAGUAGUUCAACAAAUACUACUUAUAAAUUCAUAAUUUACAGCAUUUUUAUCUUAUUAAAGGAAAGACAACAAAUACUACCUUGAUUUUCAUCAUCAUCAUCAUCAUCAUUAUUAUUGGCAUUACAAUAAGAAUUUGGGUGACAAUUGUCAUAAAAAUAAUGUCAUCUUAAUAGGCUUUAUUUUC